CUUUAUUUACAGAUCGUCCUUGAAACAAUUUUCAAACAAUUACAUGGGAAGCUGCACGGAUACAUGAAAAUGAGCCUCGUUCGUCGAGUGUCACGUGUUUGCUACCACUUCCAAUCAGUUUGCAAUACGAACUUAUUUUAGUGUACUCCGAUCUAAUUAUUAGUCUGUUAGAUAUUUAAUAAUCGUGAAAUUUGAUGCAUUUUUUAUGCAUAAUUACGUCUACAUUCAAUUAGAAAUAUGAUGCUAAAGAAACUGUGACUACUCGAAAGUUUGGAGUAAAGAAGACAUUUAAAGUUACAUCUCAUUUAUAUUGCGACAAAGGACACUUCAAUGACUAAAGACAAGAAGUUGGUCCUGCAUGCUGUGCACUGUAUCAACGUCCCGUCUAAAGUAUUGCACUGUAUUUUUUCUUACUUUGCCAAACACAUCACAUACACAAUAAGCAUAUAAGGAAUUAUGGCUGCCUACAUCAAUCGUACAAUGUCCAUGAUUGCGGGAGACAGCCACUUGCGAUCAACAGAUAUUAGAUCCGAUAAUUCUCCCCUCCAGAUUUUCGUUAAAGCCAAAAAGAAGAUCAACGACAUCUUCGUGGAAAUAGAUGACUAUGUGCAGGAUACCGUGGGAUUUAUGACAUCGCUACAAGGUGAACGUAAUAUAGUUACGCCCGAAGAUGCGCAGAGAAUCUCAAGUUACGUCGAUAAAGUUCACGCGAUUAGAGAUGUACUUAAGCGGGAUCACAUGAAAGUUGCUUUCUUUGGAAGGACUAGCAAUGGAAAGAGUACAGUUAUUAAUGCAAUGUUACGCGAUAAGAUUUUGCCAAGCGGUAUAGGACAUACGACGAACUGUUUUUUACAAGUUGAAGGAUCGGAUAACGGAGAGGCGUACCUUGUCACAGAAGGAUCCACUGAAAAACAACCUGUUCAAUCUGUUGGUCAAUUGGGUCAUGCUCUUUGCAAAGAAAAAUUGUGCGAAAGUCAUUUAGUCAGAAUAUUUUGGCCAAAAGAGAAAUGUUUACUCUUACGAGACGAUGUAGUAUUCGUUGACAGCCCUGGAGUAGACGUGACACCCAAUUUGGACGACUGGAUCGAUAAACACUGUCUGGAUGCAGACGUUUUUAUUUUAGUAGCUAAUGCUGAAUCUACGUUAAUGGGGAUUGAAAAAAAUUUUUUCCACAAAGUAUCAACAAAAUUAUCGAAACCCAAUAUUUUUAUUCUAAAUAAUCGAUGGGACGCGUCUGCUUCAGAACCAGAAUUCUUCGAGCAGCUGGGCAAAGAGCAAAAGGAGGUGAGGGCGCAACAUCAAGAGCGAGCCGUUGACUUUUUAGCAAGAGAAUUAAAAGUUUACACUCCAAAAGAUGCCGAAGAACGUGUUUUCUUUAUUUCGGCGAAAGAGACCCUUCAAGCUCGAAUAAAAGAACAACUUGGCCAGCCCGCUCAUAAUGGUGCACUAGCAGAAGGAUUCCAAAAUCGUUAUUUUGAAUUUCAAGAUUUCGAACGAAAAUUCGAGGAAUGUAUCUCAAAGUCUGCUGUAAAAACAAAGUUUGAACAGCAUUCGCAACGCGGAAAGCACAUUUCCACAGAAAUUCGACAGACGUUAGACGAAAUAUUAGAGAGAACGCAAAAUAUGAAAAGUGAACAAUUACGUGUUAAAAGAGAAGUUCAUGACAAAUUAAAUUUUACGGAGCAGCAGUUGAUGUUACUCACUCAGGAAAUGAAGAAUAAAAUUCAUCACAUGGUAGAAGAUGUAGAACAGAGAGUAUCUAAAGCUCUAAGCGAAGAAAUUCAUAGACUAGCUGUGCUCGUUGACGAAUUCAGUGUACCAUUUCAUACCGAUCCAUUAGUUUUAAAUGUAUAUAAACGAGAACUUCAUACACACGUGGAAAAUGGCUUAGGUUCUAACUUACGAGCGAGACUCAGUACCGCAUUGGCAUUGAAUAUAGAAAACUCGCAAAGAGACAUGACGGAGCGAAUGGCGAACUUAUUGCCUGAAACUAAACGUCAAAUGUCGUUAAAUAUUUUACCAAGAAGAGAGCCGUUCGAGAUUUUGUAUAGAUUAAAUUGUGACAACUUGUGUGCGGAUUUCCACGAAGAUUUAGAGUUUCGAUUCUCUUGGGGAAUUACAGCUAUAAUUAAUAGAUUCGCAGGAAGGCAAAGUCCCAAAAUAGCCAUCGCUAAUUAUCCGCAGGAUAUACCACCCGCGAUUAUGUCUCCCACGGAAAGCGUUGAUUCUAUAAAAUAUAUUUCGAGUACCCCAAACUUUACACCGAGAUCAGACGACUGGUCAUUGGCUUCUAGAAUUGCAUUAGCAUCUAUAACUUCCCAGGGUACGAUGGGAGGUCUCAUAGUUGCUGGUUUCAUGUUGAAAACCAUUGGUUGGAGACUUAUAGCUGUAACGGGUACUAUAUACGGAGCUUUGUAUCUUUACGAACGAUUAACGUGGACUAACAAAGCAAAAGAACGUGAAUUCAAACGCCAAUACGUGUCUCACGCUACGAAGAAAUUGAAACUAAUUGUAGAUCUCACAUCCGCGAACUGUAGUCAUCAAGUACAACAGGAGCUAUCCAGUACCUUUGCCCGUCUGUGCCAUUUAGUGGACGAAACAACGUCUGAAAUGGACACUGACCUAAAACACAUCGCAAGUACGAUAAGAAUACUCGAGGAAGCAACUAGUAGCGCUAAAGUAUUACGAAAUAAAGCGAACUAUUUAGCGAACGAGCUCGAUUUAUUCGACGCGGCAUAUUUAAAGUCAUUAAAUUAAGACAUCGAUCUGCGUCGUAUUUAAAGAGUAAUAUGAUCUAUAGCAAAAGUUGAGAACAUCGGUGAAUGUUUUGGGAAACAUGACCGUGCAUGUUGUGAUAGUUAAAAUAACUCGUAAUGUCGUAUACCAUUAAUGAAAUACCAAACGCGUGCUAGGACAUGUUUUCCUAAACGACUAUUUACGCGUACAGAGGGAAUGUUUUUACAAAAAAAAACUCUAGUCUUAACGCAGGCAACCAGAGCUUUUUCAAAUUUUUAAUGAAUUCAUCCAAAUUCAUGAUAAUGCCAAACUAACGAUUUUUUGCAUAUGUUUUUUGUUUCUUCAGAAAAAGAAUUAGCACAAAAGUCUUGCAUUGCUAGACUGUUAAUGAAUUUUUGAAUUUUUUGUUUUUAAAGAUUCUUUUUAAAGCGAAUCAUGAUAGAGAGUAUUAUUUUUCCAAAUAAACCACGAACUUUUAAACGGGAGCUUCGCGUAAG